UUCUGUAGACGCCCGAGUUGUGACUGCUGUUGCCAUGUACAUGUGUGAGGUACGUGUGCAAGAAUGGCCUCGCCAAGUUGCUGUCCUACUUCUCCUCUGGACGAUGGCAGAGCGCACAACGUCGGUUCAGUACGUUCCCGUCGAUCAGACCAACCCUUGGUGGAUCCAAAAUUUUCCCAACCAGACAGACACUUCCACGUGUCCGGAGCUGCCAGAUCCGAUCAACGGAAGGGUGGUAGUAGACGGUCACAUCGCGACGUAUUCUUGUCAUGCGGGCUAUUCCAUGAUCAAUGUGGAGGGCCCUGAACGAGGGUGCGUUGAAGGAGAGUGGCUAGGUGUCGACCCGGAAUGCAGACGAGAUGGUGCAUGGACUGAGUGGUCUGAAUGGUCUGAUUGCCCUGUGACGUGUGGGGGUGGUGACGAAAGACGAGAAAGAACCUGUACGAAUCCACCGCCUGAGGAGGGAGGGAAACCCUGCGAUGGCCGAGGAGAAGAGACAAGAGAAUGCAACAACAACGUUUGCCCAAAGUGUACAAUACAAAGAAACAUCACCCUAGGAAAUCUUCGCAUCGACGUUGGUCCUGCAGGAGACACGCUUGAGUUCUCUUGCCCCGUUGGUUUCAGAGUCCUAGGCAAUGACACUCAGCCAUGUCCAAAUUUUGAAGAAAUAGAGAUCACAAGCAGCUGCGUAGAAGCAUGUUCUGAAUUGACGAAUCCGGACAAUGGCACUGUAACUUUCAACUCUGAGCGCACUGAUGCUGAGUAUUUUUGUAAUGUGGGAUUUAGCCUUCUUGGAUCACGAACACGUACAUGUAUUGAUGGUUUCUGGACGGGAUCAGAGCCUGAGUGUUUUCUAGAAUCCUUCGCAGACGGAGCAGUCGAGCCAUUAGGAGCUCAACCAUCCAUAGGACUACCAUCAGGUACAUUCGACGUCCUCACACCUGAUGUGCCCAUAACUCAUUGCAAUGCAUCUCUAACAUUCGACCUGAGAACGAAAGCAUCGAGUAACAUGGUGAUGAUGGACAUCAACCUUUUUCUUUUCAAUGACGAUGUGGAGUUGGAAAACGUAUCCGUGGCCAACAUAACUGCGCUGGAAUUCGCUAGUGAUGACUAUGCAGGGUCUGGAGAGAGUGUGUGUGUGACGCUGCUGUGUGCUGAUCCGGAGAGUCUGGAGCUUCCUAGAGCGGGACGUGCUCGUAUAACGGUCACCGUUCCUGCUGAUGCUGUUGCGGAUAUCAGUAAUGUUAACUUUGCUGAUGGGAGCCCAUGUGAUGCAAUUGUCGACGACGAGAACGACACGUGUGACGACACUGUGGGCACGGGUGACUGCGGAUACAGAAACACGGGCUGUGGUUCUGCAUCGUUCGAGCUAGUAACAAACCUACCAGAAAGUGCAGAGGAAGAAGACGAAAGCGAACCUCUGGUGACUCUCUUGUCAAACAAACCAACAGACAGGUGUAUAUUUAGUGGCGUGUGCGUCCCAUGUUUGCUGAAUUCGGGCUUCACACUAUCAUCAAGCGAAACGGCACUCUCGAUAGGCUCAAGAAAAAGGAAAAAAAGAAAAGCCGACAAAAGAGUCACCAAUGACAAGAAGGGAGUCUGCGUGGAAAAUGGCUACAGUGAAAUAGUAAAAGACAAGGGCCAAAAAAAGAACAAAGGCGGCUACUUCAAAAAGGGCAAAGCGAACAAAUACAUGUCGUUUAACUAUCUCAUUUUUAAUAAUGGAAAGUUGCACUACCUGGCAAUUAAGCUUGAAUGUAAAGACAACACUGGACAAACUCAUACCAUCAACCUCAAAGCAGAUUUGACAACGUAUUAUUUUUCACUCAUUAACGCACCAUUUACUACGGGGCAGCAUUGUCUCGACCUUCACACCAACCUGGAAAAAGUGACUAAUGGCAAAUGUGACUACUUUGACAUUGUUCUUCAAGUUGGAGCAUCCGGCAGCAAACUGUGUGUCACGGGUCAGAGGUUCCACAACAAAGUGGGAGGUCAUGGAUGUCGCACACUGGACAACGUGUAGUGAUCAUCAAAUCGAAAGAAAGUGGAGAAACAUUGCUAUCCCAACUUGUUUUUCUGCAAUACUGAAAUUACGUAUGAAAUAGCUGUUAUGUUCAUGGAGCAAGUUUAUACCAAUUAACCAGGUCUAAGAAAAAAGUCUAAAAACCAAUAUUACUUGUAGGCAGAAUAGUUGGAGUGCCAAUAAAGCUUGUAAAAAGUGUGACAGUAAAUUUUGUGAUCUUUGGUUGUGAUAUCAGGGUACGAUCUGAUUAAUAUAAUUAUUAUUGAUCAAGUCUUGUAUAUUUUUGGCAAUUUAAUAAAGUCAACGCUUUGAUAUUGCCAAACGUGAGUAAUUUCGUCCCACACUGGAUCAAGUCAGUUACUCAUACCUAUGAUAUUGUCACAUCUUGCCAAAGAUACUUGUGUAUGGUACCAUCGACGGUGCCAUGACUUAACUGACCCUUGCAGAAAAUUGCAACACAAGUCUAAGAGUUAUGGC